GGCAGUUCAACACUUCCCACUUCAGUUUCUCCUAAACUUCCGUUUUCCGCCCCACAACUGAGCUGAGUGAGUCAGAGGGAGAGCACCCAAAUUCUAACCAACCCAUGGAUCUUCCAAAUGGAAUCCAUGGCCGCUGCAAUUGGAGUCUCCGUCCCUGUUCUCCGCUUUCUCCCUUGCUUCGUUGCAACAAUUCCGGUCUCGUUCUUGUGGCGGAUAAUUCCGGGUAGAUUUCCCCGUCAUCUUUACUCGGCUGCCUCCGGGGCGGUUCUUUCCAUGUUUCCUUUUGGUUUCUCUUCGAAUCUUCAUUUUUUGGUGCCUAUGCUGUUGGCCUACGUCAUGGUGUUUUACCGGCCAAAAUGCGGCAUCAUAACCUUUUUCCUUGGAUUUGGUUAUCUCAUCGGUUGUCAUGUAUAUUACAUGAGUGGAGAUGCAUGGAAGGAAGGAGGAAUAGAUGCCACUGGAGCCUUAAUGGUGUUAACAUUAAAAGUCAUUUCGUGCGCAAUAAAUUAUAAUGAUGGAUUGUUAAAAGAGGAAGGCUUACGUGAAGCACAAAAGAAAAAUCGGUUGAUUGAAUUACCUUCGUUGAUUGAGUAUUUUGGUUACUGCCUCUGCUGUGGUAGUCACUUUGCCGGCCCAGUUUAUGAAGUCAAGGAUUAUCUUGAGUGGACCGAGGGGAAGGGGAUUUGGGGUCGUUCAGAGAAAAGCCGGUUACCAUCACCUUAUGGGGCCACUCUUCGAGCUCUUUUUCAAGCUGCUAUUUGCAUGGGUUUGUAUCUAUACCUGGUACCCUACUAUCCCUUGUCACGAUUCACUGAUCCCUUAUACCAAGAAUGGGGAUUUUGGAAACGGUUGAGCUACCAGUACAUGUCUGGAUUUACCGCACGUUGGAAAUAUUAUUUCAUCUGGUCAAUUUCAGAGGCUUCUAUCAUUAUAUCUGGUUUGGGUUUCAGUGGUUGGACAGAAUCUACUCCGCCUAGGCCACGAUGGGACCGUGCAAAAAAUGUAAACAUUCUAGGAGUUGAAUUUGCAAAGAGUGCAGUUGAGUUACCACUUGUUUGGAACAUACAAGUCAGCACCUGGCUCCGCCAUUAUGUUUAUGAGAGACUUGUUAAGAAGGGGAAGAAACCGGGUUUCUUCCAGUUGUUGGCUACACAGACCAUCAGCGCUGUGUGGCAUGGGCUAUAUCCUGGUUAUAUCAUAUUCUUCGUUCAGUCAGCAUUGAUGAUUGCUGGCUCAAGAGUCAUUUACAGAUGGCAGCAAGCUACAAGUAUGGCGCUUUUUAAGAAGUUGCUGGUCCUCAUUAACUUUGCCUACACAGCUUUAGUUCUAAACUAUUCCUGUGUUGGUUUUAUGGUGUUAAGCAUGCAUGAAACGCUUGCCUCGUACAGGAGUGUCCAUUAUAUAGGAACCAUUAUUCCCAUUGUGUUGAUUAUGCUUGGUUACAUAGUCCCUGCAAAGCCUUCCCGGUCCAAAGUGCGGAAGGAACAGUGAGAGCUUGGAGCAGCAGAACCUGCAUUUUGUUCCUUUCUUUUAUAGUAAUUGUAAUGAGAUUUGGGAAUCAUGAUUCUUCUCUACUUUGGAUAUAUAUAUAACAUUUGUUUCCUUUUCUGGAAUUCUAUGCUUAAUUUAAUCAAUGGUUAAUUUUGGCUUCA